AUGUCUGAAAUUCUGCACCAAAGCCAGAAGCUUUCUCUCUCUGAGUCACAGGUUUCUACGUCUGUGACUCAGAAAGGCCUUUAUCUCUCACUGCAUGGAUUUGUGUCGCCCGGUGGCACUAGCCAGGACUUGAGCCGGCUGCUCCUGAACAGGCAGCAGGAGAAGGACGAGAAGGGCAAGGGUGAGGGCGGCGUGGAUGAGCACAGUCUGCAGGCUGGGAAGGGCCGUGGACAGCGGGCCUCAGCCGAGCCCCCGUGA